CCACCCACUGACUAUGUAAAUAGUCAUGCUUUUUGCAUCAAAGCUUCAAUGUUCAUGGUAUUUUAUGUGGAGAUUGUGAACUGUGUGAUCAGCCAUGGCGUUUCAGGAGAUCUUGGAGAGAAUAGGUGGCAUGGGACGAUAUCAGAUCAUUCAUGUCAUUCUUCUGGCCUUGCCAGUUUUCAUGUUGGCUAGCCACAAUCUCAUGCAGAACUUCACUGCUGCUAUUCCAAAACAUCGAUGUAAACUUAAUGAAUCCUGGGAAGAAGGUAAUUUUACUGGACCUUGGUUACAUGCUCAUAUUCCGUUGCAGUCAAAUGGGAAACUCUCUAGCUGCUCAAGAUAUACAAACCUCCAACUCAAUGUACUGAAUUAUAGUCUUACAAGCAAUACUAGUGGCUUACAGACUGAGAUAUGUGCUGAUGGCUACAUGUAUGAUGACAGCGAAUUUUCUUCAACUAUUAUAAACCAGUGGGAUUUGGUCUGUAAUCAGAAGAAAAUGAGGCAGCUCGCUCAAUCCAUUUACAUGGCAGGAGUGUUGGUUGGAGCCAUAAUAUUUGGUGGGCUAUCAGACAAGUUUGGGCGCAGACCGCUGUUCAUUUGGUCACACCUUCAGAUGUUUGUGACUGGAAUAUGCGCAGCUUUUGCUCCUAACUACAUUGUGUACUGUGUUUUUCGUUUCCUGACUGGAACUGCUCUCUCUGGGAUUGUUCUCAAUUCCUACUCUCUAAUUGCGGAAUGGAUUCCCACAGAGUAUCGGGCUUUGUCCAGUACAGCCACUGGGUACUGUUACACAAUUGGCCAGCUGGUGCUGGUGGGCCUGGCAUUUCUAAUUGAAAACUGGCGUAUGCUGCAGCUGGCUGCAUCCCUUCCCUUCUUCGUCUACUUUUUAUAUGCAUGGUGGCUCCCUGAGUCCAGCCGCUGGCUUGUUCUAGAUGGGAAAUAUGAACAAGCUAUCAAAGACCUAAAGAAGGUGGCCAGAAUUAAUGGGAGGAUGGAAGAAGAAGAAAAACUUACAGUGGAGACAAUUAAAUACGACAUGCAAAGGGAAAUAAAUGCUUCUCGAGGAAGUAGUUAUUCUCUGUUGGAUCUGAUAAGGACACCUGUGGUGCGUUGGAUAUCUUUUUGUAUAUGUUGUACUUGGUUCUCCACCAGCUUUGCUUAUUAUGGUCUAGCAAUGGACCUUCAGAAAUUUGGACUGAGCAUCUAUAUUGUUCAGAUUAUCUUUGGAACAGUUGAUAUCCCAGCCAAGUUUUUCUCCUAUUUUGUGAUGACACACAUGGGACGCCGUGUUCUACAAGCUGCUAGUUUGAUUUUAGCGGGGAUUUCAAUUUUAGUGAAUGUCUUUGUUCCUGAAGGGUUUCAGACAGUGAGAACCUCAAUGGCUGUUUUGGGGAAAGGAUGUAUAGCAGCAUCUUUUUCCUGUCUAUUUCUAUACACUGGUGAAUUGUACCCAACUGCCAUCAGGCAGUCUGGUAUGGGGCUAGGCACCAUGAUGGCUCGUCUUGGAGGAAUAAUUGCUCCACUGGUUCAGAUGACGGCAGAUUUUUAUAUUCAUCUACCACUCAUCAUUUAUAGCCUUUGUCCUAUUCUUUCUGGCAUUGCUUCAUGCUUUCUUCCUGAGACACUAGGUGUGCCUCUGCCAGAGACCAUACAAGAAGUAGAAAGAUUGUACCCUGUAUCCCCAGAACAGCUGAUGGAGAUUCUUCUUGCGCAAUUGGAAGGAGCUGCUCUCAGAGAAGUGAAAUCCUGGCCAAGCUCAGAAAGGAGAACACUGGAGCAGAUAUUUGAACAUCUCUACACCCCCUUUGAACCCAGGACCGUGUCCGAGGUCAAGAUGAGGUUCUUCAGUAAAAAACAGCAAACGGGUAAUCCAGCAACUAUCCGUGUGCUGAGUGCGCAACAGAAAUUCGCCAAUGAAAAAGGAGAAAUUUGCUGUGUCCGCAUCAGAGACAAUCAACCAGUGAUUCUCAAGCCCAACACUGAAACUCUCCUAUGGUGCCGAGCUGUAGUCGGAAUUCAAGGUCAAGAUUACCAAGCCUUGGUAGAGCCCGUCGUCUUGGAAGACUAUCCUUUAGCCAGAGCUGCAAGACGCCUGGUAACUGUCACUGAAGGUAAAGUGCCUAUUCGUCUCCUCAACUUGAGUGAUCAUAAUGUCACAUUAGCCAAGUACCGUCCUAUUGCACAGCUGAUCCAAAUCACCUUUCAAGACGUCAUCAGCGUGACUAAAGAUUUAAAGAAACAACCCCCACAGGGCCAAAACUUAAACAUCCCCUGGUGGAAAGAACUUUAUGUGGGCGAUGCCUCCACACCAGAACACCAAAUAGAUGGAGUAUUGCAAGUCGUGAAGGAACAUCACCGUGCCUUCAGCAAACAUUCUACAGACUAUGGAGAGUACAGAACAGGAAAAGCAAACGAAAAUGCAGAUGCUUUAUCCCGUCUGCCAACCAAGGAAGACAUUUGGGAAGAAGUGGAAAUGCCAUCCUUCUAUAACAACUUCGCCCAUGAAGACAUCAUCACUGUUAAAGGAAUAAAGGUCUUCAACUGUCAACUGCAAGUGGAUUCAAAAUCUCAGUGCCUGCUAAAACUAAUACCCCAAUACUUCAACCAGAAACUGGAGUCAUUACAAUUAAGGAAACCCCAAGUUCCCCGGAAACAAGGUCUGAAGAAUCACAGCCACUUCGGAGAUCUGAAAGAAGUACCAGAGGACAACCUCCAGUCCUUUAUGGAGAUUUCCUGCUCCAGCAGCCAAGAAGUUAAUAUUUAG